AUGGAUGAAACAAUAAACACAACACUAUUUGUUGAAGAAUCACAGUUUUGGAAAGUAUUCCAUAACAAAUACUUAUUUAACUAUAUUAUAAAUUCAAUACCACUUUUAUCAAACGACCACUUUGACAUUACUAAUUACUACCCACGCACCCACAAAACCAAGUUUAAAGAUUUAUUAAAUUUGGAUUGUUUUUUUGGAAAUAAAUAUAAUAUAGAGUCCUCAAUGGAAUUAUUAAAAUUAAAAAUUAAACAUAAUGAAGAUUUUCAAAUUUCCACCGAAGGAUUACGUUUAUUAAUUAAGGAAUGUAAAGAUGUAGAAGUUCUCGAUUAUUUUUUUCAAAGAUACCAUGAAUACUUUAUACAAAUAGAUACAUUUCAAACCUCAACUACAAACAAAAUAGCAUUCGAUUUCUUUUAUAGCAAAAUUCAAAACGACCCAAAACUUUUAUAUGGACCAUUGCCAAUUAACCAAUCCACAAUAGAAUCUGUUUUACAAAAUGCUGAAGUUUACUAUAUCGAAAAAAUUUUAAGUAUGGCCCCGUAUAUAGAUCAAUCCAUUAAAAAUUUUGCAAUCAAAACUGCCUUUUUAAAUAAAAAUGCUCACGAAGUUGUUAAAUUUUUACUUUCAAAUCCACAAUACUGUAGUUUAUAA